UUUCAUUUUCGUACUCUAAGGGCAAUGGUGGUUUUAGAUCGAUUCACCGGCACAGGUAAUCCAGAUGAUUGUCUCUUUCGGGCCGAACGAUACUUCGCUGACCUUGGCUUCCUGGAGAAUGAAUGGCUACCUCUUCCUUUCUUCUAUCUCGAUGGUGAGGCGCUUGACUGGUUUCGUUGGAUGUAUCGCAACAAACAAUUUUGGGAUUGGAAGCAUUUCAAGGAGAAGCUAUCUUUGUGCUUUCGAGCUCGAACCUCCCUGGAGUCUCCAGUUGCACAAUCGAACAUUACAACUAUUCUUACUUUGGUACAGAAGGUGCAGGAUAAUUUUUCAGUUAUGUCGACAAUACCCAUAUCCCAACUUCCAGUAUUUCCAAUUAUCACGGGCUUGUCACCAACAAUAAUUCAAGAGGCUGCAAUAGAAGAUGAUAUUGACAGUGGUUCUACGAUGAAUGGCGAAGAGAUUGCCUCUGCUUUGGGUGAUGGACAAUCAAGCAUUGCCAAUAAUUUUGAGGUACAUCUUGACACUUUGAUCGAUACAAACCUCCUUUUAGUUGGGAUAUAUUCAGUCAUGGGAGAUGAACAUUCAGGUCAUGCAGACCAGGUGUUUGAUGAAAUUUCUCACCUGAUUGAAGAGUCGGUCCAUGCAUUUGACAUGGCAUUUGACUUGGUAGAGGAUAAUUUAUUGGGGUUGCAAAUGCCGUUGCGGAAGAUGAAUGUCUUGAAACUAAUACAAAACAUAGUGUUUGGUGGAAGUCUCCAGCGAAAUGAGUCCACCCUACAGGGCCAAUUCGCAAAUUUGCAGCUUGUAGUGACUGAAAAUGUUGUUUUCCAUGAGAUUGUAAGUUCUGACUCUGAUGCACCAAUAAGAGUUGAUGGUGAGAUCUCCCUUAUCCCUCAUGAUGAUAAUGAUGAGAUUGUUGAGUCUUAUCCAUGUCUAUUCAAUCAGUCAUUUUUUGCCGAUUUUGGGGCUCUAGCAAUUGAGAGCAUGACAGAUGGCUUACCCACUUGUUAUUGGUUUGACACUGGCAAUAUGUAUCUCAGUCCACUACCUUCGUGUUCAAAUGUAGGAAAUGUAGUGAUCAUUUAUCUGCAACGGACUUUGAUAAGAAUAGUUAUCUUCCUAUUAUUAGCGCUCAAGGUAGCGAUGUCCAAUUUUUUGCCAGUAUGUGCUCAAGUUGUUAUAGCAGUGGGGACGACUCAAAAACAGGUGGUGAAGGAGCAACCCACAAUUGGUUGCUCGACAUGUUGGCAAGUUACGUUCUAGCUAUAGGAUCGGGCAAUUCAAAGGUGCACAAAGUGUUCGACACAAUAUCCAAUGAAUCUUGGAAGGUAUCCAAUGUUAUGUUACUUUGUUACUGGUUGGGGUGCCAGUUGAAACACCUAAAGAAACACGAACUGUUCAGCAACUGCACUUAACAGGCAGAAAGUAUUUGUUUAUUUCUUUUGGUGGUCGAGAACCUACAGUGUCGCCCUUACAAUCCACACACGCCCUACCAAUGAGGUAUUGUGACUUUUAAAAGGGUCAAGAUUGUUCAAUCUACUUAGCUACUAUUAUUUGAGGCAAUUGGUGAGGAGCAUACUAUUCCAUUGUUAUUGUCUUGAACCUUGAGGACAAGGUUCUUAUUGACAACGGGAGUAUUGUUAUGAAUCAAGUCCAACCCAAUGUAGAUACUAAUGUCAUACAAGCUGUUAUUUGGCUGAAAAGAGCUAUUGACCCGAGAACGAGUAAUAGGGCCAGGUUAAUCUGGGAUCCGGGUUGAGUAGUGGGCAUGAAACGUUCCAACAAAAAGGAUAGUGAUAGGUACUUUAGGGAUUAUGCAAACUGUUGAGAAAAAUGUCUAGUCCUCUCAUCCCUUUCUUUGAGAAUUACUUCUCAUCUUCAAUCUUCCUCUAUCUUUAAUUACUUGUUAUUUCAAUAUUUUCAUUGUAAGUCGGUAGUUUAAUUAUUUCAACUAGAAUCGUAAUGUUGUAAUCGUGUUUUAGUGCUCUUAUUAAUAUAGCGAGGAUUUUGGUUUGUUA